UUUUUUUGGUUUUUUUCCUUCUUCCCGGAUUCUUGAUUGCGCUUCCAUGGCCUCUCUCUAUGUCCAACCUUCAUUGCUUUUACUCAAUUUUCCUCGCCCGUCGCUGUUCUCUCGAUUGAUAUGCUUCUUGCCUCAAUGCGUUAAAUAUUCUGCCCGUUUUGCUCCAAAGUCGAGAAACUCUCACAUUACCUGCGACCAUGGUUCUGGAUUUAAAGAUGUGAUGUCGUUCUCAUUACUGUGCUCGUAAUUUCAGGCGUAUAAAAUUCAUGUUCGGUUUCCUGGUGUAUCGUUUUUCUUUUAUUUUUUUUCAUUUUUUCAUUUUUCAUUUUUUUCGGUCUUGAAGUCUUGCAUUUCGAAAUUGAGUGAAUUGAGCGAAGGUCUGCGAUACAGAGAAAACGUAGGAUCUUUUUUUGAAAAUAUGCAUGCCUCGGCUGUUACUUAGUUUAUUUUGGAAUGCUGCAAAUACAGGCAGUUUUUAGCAGUUUUUAGCAGUUUUUUUUUUUUUUCGGGUGUCUGUUGGCUUCUUUCUUGCUGUUUCCGUCAUGGAAAUUUCAGGUCAACGACAUUAAUGUUGAAACACUCCCGAGCGGGCCUUCUCACUGCUGUUCUAUGUGAACGAAGUUCUCAUUCUUUAAUUUCUUUACUCUCAUGUUUUUCUGGUCGCUGUUUUUUGAACUUAUUUCUAACACUUCUUUGUUUCAGUGCCUCCCGUUGAUUGCAGUAUUAUCAUUCUCUUAGAGAGUCUUUUUAUGCCUGAUCGUCCUUCUUGGAGGAUAUGCAUUGUUGCAGUAUUGUGACAUUUUCUUGAGUCCUAGUUACCAAAGUACAUGUUCGUGAUUGUGAGGAACCAUGGAAGACUCCUCUUCAUCGGGUGACUACAUUUUUGAUUUAAAACACUACUUUUUCUUGCAGGAACCUUUUGUUGUUGAAUCUGGUAUAUUGUCUUUUAGGAUCAUUAGAGUCGGAUACGAUUCAACCGUGAGUAGGUGUCGUGCAUUGUGGCAUGAGUGAGAUUUUUCUUUUUACAGCAUUCGACUAUCUUGUGAAAGUAUCGUAGAUUUAAUAAAAUUAAAUAGAUGGCAGAUUCUAUGGGGGAGCUGACGAUUAAUGGUGGUACAUCUUUUUCACUUUCGAAUUCUGGUCCACUACCCCUAGACGUGACAGCGGAGGCUUUGCAUGUCCGCCCUCCUCCAUUUGAUCCUCUGGUGCAUCCUCACUCUCUAACGUUGGCGCAUGAACUUGUGUCAAAUGGGGAAGAAUCUGAGCAUAAUGAUGCAGCUAUGGAGGCCGUGGUUGACAUGAAUAGUCAGGGACCGGGGAACCUAGAUGACGAUGAUGUGCCAUCUGAUGGCGAAGAAUCUGAUGGUAAUGACUUAAUUGGUGAUGGCAAAGCUGAAUCUUUUGAGCAGAACGCGAAUGCUGUUAGUGGGGAAGAUUCACAGAAUGCUCUUCGAGACGAACGGAGGAGCAAACGGGCCGAGUCUUGGGCACGGGCUAGGUUUGAUGCGUGGAGAGGUGUGAACAAGAAACCCACCACUGAAUCUAUUGAAGAUUUGUGUGAUCGUGAUAUGAAGGAGUUGGGAGAGCUCGUGGGACUUUUCCUUACUCAAGUGCGUAAACAGAAUGGCAAGGAAUAUCCUCCUGAGACCAUUGGAAGCCUUCUCAGGGCCUUGGGUCGAGUUAUUCGUGCUCAUCAAGAGGUUCGUAUUGCUGAGACACAGGUACCUGAGGUACCGUUUAAUAUAAUGUCAGAUGUUAGAUUCAAGAAAGCCCGACAAGCUGUGAGCGAUAAUGUAGCUUCGGCUGGUAGGCUCGGUUUGGGGAAAAGACGCAAGCGCAUCGAUGUUUUAACUUUGCAUGAUGAAGCGGCCAUGCUUGCUCUUUCUACUUACAAGGCUACAACUGCAAAGGGGUGCUCCAUGCGGUUUGCGUAUUUCUGCACUCGGAAUUUUUUCAUCCGUGGCCCAGCAGAGCUUCAUGAACUUACAGACAUGGACUUUUCACUCGGAAAGGAUCAUCACGGCGAGUUCCUGCGCUAUGAGAAGCGUCCCAAAAGUUGGAGUUCUGAUAGCCCGCAAAGCCAACCUGAGAAAUUCUCUCGUCCCGUGACGUGCUACAUUGAAGAUGUUGUGUCGACGUAUAAAAUCAUGGUAGAACAUAAACCUAAAUGGGCUGAAGAUGAGCCUCCUCCACGGCCAUUUUUUCUCACCGAUAUCAAGAAUCCAACGUCAAGGACUGUGUGGUACACACGGUCACCUGUGGGAGUUAGAACAUUAGCAAGCUGGUUGAGGAUGAUGACUAAAGAAACUGGUCUUGGAGGAGAAUACUACACCAAUAAGACGGGGCGGACUACUGGUCUUGGAAGAUUGCAAUACGCUGGAGUACCUAUUGAUCAAGACAUGCUUGCAACAGGUCCUAGAGUUGCUGGAACGUAUGCUAGGGAUGAUCCUGAAUUCGAGGGCAUUCGGGAAAGAGCAAUGCAGCGGAUUGUGUCAGGAGAGGUCGACAAAUCAACAGGAAGGCUUAUUGAUUGGUCGAAAGCUCUGGCAUUAGAAAUGGAACUGUCCAAGAAGCCACAGUCUGCAGGUACAGGUAUACAAACAAUGGCAAUCCAAUCAUACAGCCGGGAUCUCUGCGCCAAUCUUUGUUGUCAAGAUGUUGGGUCAGAAGGGUCCGAGCUAACUAUGUACAAAGAAUAUAUUGGCUGUGACACAUGCAAACAAGACACUCACUCGAAGGACGCCUAUGAACAAUACCGUGGUUUGGUUGAAGAGUUGGAAAAAACAAAGGAAAGACUUGUUCAUCUCGAGAGGAGGUUGCAGGGCAAGGAGUUUGACGGUACAGGGGAUCUAGAUCACAUACCUCCACCAUAUUCAGAUGUUGUCUUCGAGUCACUAGAUGGUCGCAAGGUUUACGGACACAGAGCCGUCUUGGCCAGUCAAUCCGAUGUCUUCAAGGCCAUGUUUAGCAUGCCCAUGGCAGAAGGGACCCCGCUGCAUAUGGAAAUGAAUUAUCCAGCUUUGGAUGCUUUUAUCUUCUUCUUUUAUAGAGCCACCGUUAAUCAAGCUGUCCUCAGGAAUCACUUGGUUGAGCUUCUGCAAGCAGCAGACAAGUAUGGUAUUGAAGCAUUGAAAUCACUUUGUGAACAAGAAAUUCUGCAGUCUCUAAAUCCCACCAAAGUGCUAGUCACCUAUGUUGUUGGCUGGAGACACAAUUCUGAUGUUGUGAAAGAGGGAGUAAUCGACUAUGCGGCAAAGGAAGUUGAUGACGUGUCAGCACUUGAAGGGUAUGAUACAUUCUCCAAAAAAUGUCCCGAGGCAGUCAUGGAGCUUUAUGAUGGGGUAGUGAAGCGGUUAAAGCGUAAACAUCCUCGUCAAGAACCCUUGUCAACGCUUCAAGAUGAGACCUGCACAGCUGAUGAUACUGAAUCAGAACACUCCGUCAAAAGGUUGAAGAGCCUACAGGGGAAUGAACCGUGCGCCUAUGUAGACAAGGACAUGGACACUCGUGAGCGGGCGUCACCACUUGUUGAGCCGACUGGUGACUGGUGAUCAUGAGGCCUCUGUUAACAUUCGAAUUCCAUGCAAGAAGGCUGGCACCCUCAGAAGCGAGCACUUCAUAUCAUGCGAACAAUUUUUCCCUGGCUUCUCUAGGUGAGCUUCAGACUGACUGUCCCUUAGGCUAGUGUGAACUUAGAGAUUUCCAGUCCUCUCAGAACAGGGGCUAAUUUUUGUAUAAUUUUCCUAUGACAGGGCAUGUAUCUAAUGUGUCAUACUUUUCCAUCAAAUGAAUUAGUCAGGUAUAAAUUCUUCAUUAACGCCCUUAGAUUGUUGGUAUAUAGAGGGGUGAAAAUCAGACCAGCUAGGUUUUCUAAGAGCUUCAAUGAGAACUAAAUUAAUGUUCCAUCUCAUGGUACCAGAUACCAUAUACAUCUUACUCCAAUCAUUCUUUGCGGAUCAUUCAUGUGGUCAAACAUCCCAA